CGGGCUUGUCUGGAGCCGACAUGCUCUCUCUUUGCACCGGGACCGUGUGGCUCACCUCGCUCACUGCAGCCGUUUGGGCAAGUUUGCACCCGGAGUGUGAGUAUAUAUUCCAGUUGGAACGAGAAGAGCAGCUCUGUCUGAGAGGAAUCGCUGAACAUGAAAACCUCAGCACUUCAGGGCAGACGGGCUGCCUCCCAGCAUGGGACUCUGUGGUGUGUUGGCCUAGAGCAGCAGUUGGCGAAAUUGUCCAGGCCCCCUGUCCUGCUGUUUUCUCUCUCUUUAGCAACCACACAGGUACAGUGAGCCGUAACUGCACCAGUUUGGGCUGGUCGGACUCGUUUCCUCCCUACCAUGAGGCCUGCAGCAUCGAGGACGACAUCCCAGAGGAUUCAUACUUCACCACGGUGAGACUGAUCUACUCCAUCGGAUACGGAGCCUCUCUGAUCUCCCUGUCCAUUGCGGUGGUAAUCCUGCUGAUCUUCAGGAGGCUGCACUGUGCAAGAAACUACAUCCACGUCCAGCUGUUCAUCAGCUUCAUCAUCAAAGCAGCGUCUGUUUUUAUUAAGGAUGCUAUACUCUUUGGCAGUGAAGAUACUGACCACUGUUCUCUGUCUACUGCAGCCUGUAAGGCGUCUAUCGUGUUCUGUCAUUACUGUGUGAUGAGUAAUUUCUCCUGGCUGCUGGUGGAGGCGGGGUAUCUCAACUCUCUGCUGCUGUCUGUUCGCAGUCGCCGCUGCCUUUGGGGCUUCUCUCUGCUGGGCUGGGGAGUUCCUCUGUUUUUUAUCCUCCUCUGGAUCGUCUCCCGGGUGUAUUUUGAGGACACAGAAUGCUGGGACAUUAAUGAAGAUUCCCCUUACUGGUGGAUCAUCAAGGGUCCGAUUGUCGUAUCCAUAGGGAUCAACUUCCUGUUGUUCCUGAACAUCAUUAGGAUACUGGUGCAGAAGUUGAACCCGCGUCUAAUCCAGUUCAACAACUCGGCACAGUAUAGACGCCUGACCAAGUCCACGCUUCUCCUCAUCCCCCUGUUUGGGACCCAUUACGUGGUGUUUAACUUCCUGCCGGACUACGCUAACAUCAGCCUGCGUCUCUGUUUAGAGCUGUGCCUCGGCUCCUUUCAGGGCCUCAUGGUGGCAAUCCUGUACUGUUUCCUCAACCAAGAGGUCCAGAAGGAGGUGCGACUGAUGUGGAUGCGCUGGCAGGAGAGCAGUUACGGAGUCGUUAUUGCCGGAGCCAAAGGCAGUCAGAUGGAUACGCCGUUCUGAUUCUGUGUCUAUGUUCAACGCACAAGAGACUCUGGGGUUUAUUUUUUCCCCUCUUUAUCUGCUUUUUUUUUGCCCACAGCAAGGCAGCAAGACUGUGAUGGUAGGCUCCUGUUGUCAAAUAAUCGUUUUGCUGUAGUGGGACUCGCUUUUAAUUCAGGAGCUGUGAAGCUGUGACGCAAAGCGACUGCAGCAGAAGUCAAAAGUAAAGAAACACACGUGACCUUGCCUUGUUAAAAACAAUGCCUGACCAUUUCUGAAAACCGUGAAUAGCUCUUCUUACUUUUUAAUGCAACUUAUGAUCACUAAGCUGGUCAGGUGUUGAUAAAAUACUGCUGUGGAGAGCUUUUAUGUGAAAUGUGAUUAGAAUCAUGGCAAUCCUCAACGUUAAGAUUUCAUUCUGUCCAUCUAUUACUCUUGACGAUUUCACUGCAUCUUUCUUGAGCGCUUUUCCUUUUUUAAAUGAGUUAUAUGUUGUUUUUUGUUGUUGUUGCCUUUGAUGUAAAACACAAUUCUAGUGAAAACAUUAACAAGCUUUAAUUUUUCCACUCCAACUUCCCCCAAACACUUUGUUGAAACUUUCGUUUCCUUUUUGAGUUGGGAUUUAAGAAUAAGACACAGAGCUUUGCAGCUCACUUCUGGCUGGGGGUGGAGUUCAUUUCUGGGCUGGAAAUUUUUUUAACAGAAGCCUGAAAUGAACUAGAUGGACAGAACUACUGUAGAGUAAUAUUGCACGUCUCAGUUUUUCUAAUAUAUCAUUGACGUUAUAAGACUAAUUCUAGAUUUCGAAACACGUUUAAAAAGUGACAAAUGGCACCUUUAAUUAUUGCACUCUAGCACAAAUUAGCACACAUAUGUACGUUCUGUGCAUAUAAACUGAAUCGUUCUUUAAUCAACCCUUUAACGGAGCACUUGCAGUAAAAGGCAAAGCUGAUUCACUCCACAGGUUACUAAAAAUGUAGACUAGGAUUUGGCAUUUAAAGUUUGUGAGUGCGAGUGUGUUGUUCAUUUUCUUUAAAGGACACUACAGGACAGUACAAGUGUUCUUAGCGCACAGUAAUAAGCCCAAAAUGUUACCGGCCCACAUGGAAUUCUCCUGAGCGGCCCCAAAACACAGCAGCAUUGUCCUGAUGCUCCAAACAUAUCCUUUGAAAAUGUGUAAGAUCACUUCUUUGAUUUAAAAGUGAGUGAGUUUAGAAAUUCUGAGGCAGAAAGCAGGCAAUUAUUCAAUAUUUGAUCAUGGAAUCUGCUACGGUAUGAUUUGAUGUAGUAUCCUCCUGUCAAUAUGUGAGCAACUUCAUUCAGAAUCUGAGGUAUGCCUAAAGUUAUACAUAAAUAACAUUGCGAGCAUAUUUACAGAUCUGUUUUUCUGUUUGUUUGUGAUAAUAAUUUGUUUAGAAUCGAUUUUAUUAUCCAGUCUUUAGGGGGGAAAAUUAAAUUAAGAAAAAAUGUCUGUUGGCAUAUUGUACACUGAUUUUCUGGGUUAUUGCCCACCUUUAUCCUUCAUUCUCUCCACUCUUUCAUGUAUUAAACAUAUUUAUACAGAGUAAUGAACAAAAUCGUACGUUCUUUAUCUUUCUUUGUCUUCUUUCAUGUGUUUAUAGUUUUGGUAUAUAUUUAUUAUUGAUGUUUACUGCCUGAUGAACACAUCAACUGAGGUGUAAAAAAAGAAAGAAAAGAGAGAAACAAAGUAUAUAAAACAUUUUUAUAAUAACUUUAAUUGCUGUGUACAUACCAUUCUUUUCAUUAUGUGGCCCUUGAGUCUGAUUGUAUUUUUAAAACAAUUUUUAAUUAUUUGUAUAUGAGAAUAAUGUAUUUCAUGCAUGAUAAUCAAAUGAUGAAUUAAAUCAUUUGAUUAAAUAAAUUAAAAUAAGCUUAAAAUACACUUUAAAAUAAACGGAACAAAAUGUAAACGCUUAAAAUUUCAGAUUCACGUGUCAAUCACGCAGCGCCCUCUAGUGGGGCAUUAAUGUCACAGAAAACCAAGUGGAGUUUGUUUAGAAAAAUAAAUUUAAAAAAUAAAAAAUUAUAUUUUCUUUUCAGUAAGCCAUUAAAAACGUUGCAUUCCUUCUGACUGGCUGU